GCCCGCGGGGUUGGAAGUUUGCGGCCACUCCGGGCACGUGUGGCCGCUGGGGCCGGCCCCUCCACCCGCCUUGGCUGUUCCCCGCCAUGAGGAAGCCAGAGAAAACCGGGACCUUUGGGGAAGCACAUGAGGAGCAUGAUACUUCUACUGAAAAUGCAGAUGAUUCUAACCACGAUCCUCAGUUUGAGCCCAUAGUUUCUCUUCCAGAGCAAGAAAUAAAAACUCUGGAAGAGGAUGAGGAAGAACUCUUUAAGAUGCGAGCAAAGCUCUUCCGGUUUGCAUCUGAGAAUGACCUUCCAGAAUGGAAAGAACGAGGAACUGGUGAUGUGAAACUCUUGAAACACAAGGAGAAGGGAACAAUUCGCCUCCUCAUGCGGAGGGAUAAAACCCUAAAAAUCUGUGCAAACCAUUACAUCACACCCUUAAUGGAGCUGAAGCCUAAUGCUGGAAGCGACAGGGCAUGGGUCUGGAACACACAUGCUGACUUUGCAGAUGAGAGCCCCAAGCCUGAACUUCUGGCAAUCCGAUUUCUAAACGCAGAGAAUGCACAGAAAUUCAAGGCAAAAUUUGAAGAAUGCAGGAAUGAAGUAGGCAAGACAGCAAAGAAAGCAGGCACAGACAAAAAUGAUAGUGCUGAUAAAGUUGCUGAAAAACUAGAAGAGCUUUCUGUAAAGGAAGAGAGCAGAGAAUCUGAGAAGAAAGAGACCAAGGAAAAAACUGAAGAAAAGCAAUAAAAUCAUCCUGGGCCUUGCAGUUUUUCCUUUACACUUUUCUUUUUUUUUUAGGGUUUUUUUUUUUUUUUUUAGGUUUUUUUUUUUUUUCAUUUUUACAAGGGACUUUAUAUGGAACUGAAUUAACAUUCACAUUGUUUUUUUCUAAGCUUUUGCCCUUUGGAAGGUGUCUUCAGAAAAAUUCAUUCCCCUGUCAUGAAAAUGUACUGUGCUAACAUUCUUUUCCAUAGUGGAAACACUUAUUUAUAGUCAUCCAAAAGAGUGAAUAAAACAAACUUGAAAACAG